UUUCGUCAAAGGUCGAUGGUUAACCAUACCUUACAAAACAUUUCAUCAAUUUUUUCCUAUUCUUUCCGCUAUCCACAGGGCUGUCGCAUGGGAGCCGAGGCUGUGCUGGCGCUGAUGGAAGCCGACGAGAACACCGAACCAUGUGUAGUCUCCCUUGAUGGUAACCAAGCCGUCCGGGUGCCUCUGAUGGAGUGUGUCCAGCGUACCAAAUCCGUAGCCCAAGCUAUGGCCGACAAGAACUGGGAUCUGGCCGUUCAGCUGCGUGGGCGUUCGUUCGCCCGGAACCUGGAAACGUACAAGAUGUUGACCCGCCUGAAGCCCCCGAAGAGCGCCUUCGACGAGCAGGGCCGCGGUGUCGGUGGCUACACGAUGGCCGUCAUGCAUAUCGGUGCACCGGCUUGCGGAAUGAACGCUGCUGUGAGGUCCUUUGUGAGAAAUUGCAUUUACCGUGGCGAUACGGUGAUGGGUGUCCAUGACGGUAUCGAGGGCUUGGUUUCCGGUAACAUCAACAAGAUGGACUGGUCCGAUGUGACCGGAUGGGUCGGCCAGGGUGGUGCUUUCCUGGGUACCAAGCGUACCUUGCCGGAGGGCAAGUUUAAGGAAAUCGCUGCGCAGUUGAAGAAGUUUGGAAUUCAGGCUUUGUUGAUUAUCGGUGGGUUUGAGGCUUAUCACGCCGCUGGUCAGAUGGCCGAUCAACGGGAUAACUUUAAGGAAUUCUGUAUUCCAAUUGUGGUUAUUCCGUCGACUAUUUCGAACAACGUGCCCGGAACGGAGUUCUCGCUGGGUGCUGAUACCGGUUUGAAUGAAAUCACGGAAAUUUGUGAUCGCAUCCGUCAGUCUGCUCAGGGAACCAAGCGUCGUGUCUUCGUCAUCGAGACCAUGGGUGGAUACUGCGGUUAUUUGGCUACCCUCGCUGGUUUGGCCGGUGGCGCUGAUGCGGCCUAUAUUUACGAGGAGAAGUUCUCGAUCAAGGAUCUGCAGCAGGAUGUGUACCAUAUGGCUUCCAAGAUGGGCGACGGAGUGCAGCGUGGUCUGAUUCUGCGCAACGAGAAGGCCUCGGACAACUACAACACCGAGUUCAUCUUCCGGCUGUAUUCGGAGGAGGGCAAGGGACUGUUCAGCACCCGAAUGAAUGUGUUGGGUCACAUGCAGCAGGGUGGCUCGCCGACUCCGUUCGAUCGUAACAUGGGAACCAAGAUGGCGGCCAAGUGCGUCGAGUGGUUGGUCGAACAGCUGAAGGCCAACACCCAACCGGACGGCAGCAUCAAUGCGAAAUCGCCGGAGAGUGCCUGCUUGCUGGGACUGGUCCGCCGCCAGUACAAAUUUUCACCUCUGAAGGAGCUGAUUUCGGAAACCAACUUCGAUCAACGUAUCCCCAAGGCACAAUGGUGGUUGAAGUUGCGUCCCCUGCUGAGAAUCUUGGCCAAGCACGAUUCAACCUACGAGGAGGAAGGUCUGUACAUCACCGUCGACGAAGAAAUGUCCACCGAUUCACCGGUAGCCUAAGCAUGUUCUACCCAGCCAUCAGAAUGAGAAAAGUAAUCGAUAACAGUAGGUCCAAGCUAACCAAAGUAUUUUACUACUUAAUUCGGUAGUAGUAAAUGUGUUCAACUACUGAUCGGAGUAGUAAAAUGUUGCACCUACGAACUUUUGGAAAAGAUGCAAGAACCGGAUAAGAUAAAAGGAAUGGUCCAGUUGUGGUAACAACAGCUGAUAAGAGAAUAACCAAAACAUCAUAAAUCGGUAUUAGACUUUACUGCAUAGUCCCGUACGCUGUAAUACUGUUAGGGCAUUCUAAUGUCUCACAAAAAAGUACCCAAAGAAAAAUACCUCAAAAAACGAACGAUCAAACAAACCAGCGGCCAUACAACAAACAAUAUAUAAUGCAGGCAGGGUCGUUCAGAAUCAGAUAUCAAUUAAUUAUGCUUACUCUAUUGUUUGUUUAGGCGCAUGUCAGAAGAUAUUGAAAAUUGAUCUUGUAAUAUGAUUUGAAAUGUGCCCCUGUGCACAAUACCUAUUAGCCAGUUUUGUUUAGCCAAGUAGCAAAUUUACUGCUAUAGAUUUAAAAUAUAGUGUGUUUAUUUUGUAAGGCUUUUAAACUCUCCCACUAUCGAUAGUAGUUUUAGUUAAUUUCGUUCUCCUCAUCAUGACAAAAAAACCCGUCGCGCAUCCCAACAAAGUUUACACAAAACUCUAAAACCCAUUCGCCACUAAGUUUAAAUAUUUAUUUCAAUUGCCCUUCUUUGUUAACUUUCUUCUUCUGUGUAGAACAAAGUAUUAUUUUGCCUGUUUUGUUUAGAUUCGUCUCUUCUUUCAGUUCACAUGGUGAGUUUGAGAAAGCAAAAUCAAUGUUAUAAAAAUAAAUAAAGAAUUUUAUUUUGUUGUUCUAAAAAAUGAAUCACAAAGAAAUACUAAAUAUCUCACCAAUGCUUUAGCAGCAAUGGAACGAAAAUGUGUUUAUGCAACAUAGAUAAAUGAAACAAUGUUACAAUGUCUUGAGAAACAGAAAGUUGCUAAUAAAAUGGUACAAUAAAUAGA